ACAUUUUUGUGGCAUUAUUUUGCAAGCCAAGCACAAGCAAUUAAAAUUAUUGGAAAAAUAAUAAAAAAAGCGCUUCAUAAUAUCAGUGUUUAAGGUCAAUCAAAUUAUCAAAUAGUUGAAAAGUUAGUGUAUAUCGGCAAAAAUGCCGUCAAUCGAUGUGAUGAUGCCUCCUGGGCAGGUCAACGAUGCACCAGAGGAACCUACAGCUCCUCCGCCGCCUGUUAUCGGCAUUAUAUAUCCUCCUCCGGAAGUAAGGAAUAUUGUGGAUAAGACUGCAAGUUUCGUGGCUCGUAAUGGUCCGGAGUUUGAAGCCCGGAUCAGACAGAAUGAACUUGGCAACCCUAAGUUCAACUUUCUCAACUCUGGCGAUCCUUAUCAUGCGUACUAUCAGCACAAAGUGAAGGAAAUCAGAGAAGGAAGAGGACAAGACACAGCCCCUGCACUAUUGGCUCCGCCAAUUCAAAGACCAGGACUCGCUCCUGCUACUGCUGCACGGCAACAAGAGCUGCUCAAGGCAGCCGCUCCAAGCGAGCCCCCACCGCCACGUGACCCGCCACCAGACUUCGAAUUUAUCGCCGAUCCUCCAUCCAUAUCGGCGCUCGAACUUGAUAUUGUAAAACUAACUGCACAGUUUGUAGCAAGAAAUGGUAGACAAUUCCUUACAGACUUGAUGAAAAAAGAAGAGCGAAAUCAUCAAUUUGAUUUCUUGCGCCCGCAACAUUCACUAUUCCAGUAUUUUACACGCCUUUUAGAGCAGUAUACCAAAGUGCUUCUGCCACCAAAAGAACUGGUUGCCAAGUUGAGCUCUGAGAUAAGAUCGGGAGUGCUAGAGCAGGCGCGUACGCGAGCUGCGUGGCAUUCGCAUCAAGCUAAACGUAAGGCUGCCGACGAGGCUCGUAUUGAGAAAGAGAGAUUGGCCUAUGCAUCCAUAGAUUGGCACGAUUUUGUUGUUGUGGAAACUGUCGAUUAUCCAGCUGGUGAACCGGGAGAUUUCCCUCCGCCAACUACUCCGCUGGAAGUGGGAGCGAGAGUACUCGCUCAAGAGCGCGGGGAGGACAUCGCGCAUCAUGAUGAAGAUGAUACUGAGAUGCAGCUCGAAUCCGAAUCAGAAUCUGAGUCUGAUGAGGAUCUUGCUGAAAUGGAGGAUCGGACGCAACAGCAGCAACGUCCGGAUGAUAACAGAGUACAAGAUAUGGAGGAGGAGAGCUCGUCCUCUGAAGAUGAGGGUCCUCCAGAGCCUCCCAGGCAGGGAGGAGACGAAGCGCCGUUGCCUCCGAGACCAGAUCGCGUGGUGGUUAAGAAGUACGAUCCGAAGCGUGCUCGUCCGCAGCCAACACCAGCGAACGAGGAAUGGCUGGUGUCUCCGAUCACCGGUGAGAAGAUUCCAGCUAACAAGGUGGCUGAUCACGUGAGGAUCGGAUUGUUGGACCCGCGCUGGUUGGAGCAGAGAGACAGAGCGGCGGCCGAGCGCACGGAUAGAGAUGAAGCGCUCGCUCCUGGAGCUGCUAUUGAAGAGUCGCUUAAACAUCUCGCUGAACGUCGUACGGAUAUCUUCGGUGUGGGCGACGAGGAAACGGCCAUCGGUAAGAAGAUAGGCGAGGAGGAGAAGAAGAGGGACGAGCGGGUGACGUGGGACGGACACACGUCCAGUGUGGAGGCUGCUACCAGGGCUGCGAGGGCCCAUAUCACCCUUGAGGAUCAAAUUCAGCAGAUACAUAAGGUCAAAGGCCUCCUCCCCGACGAAGAGAAAGAGAAGAUCGGCCCCAAACCUGUCCCCGCGUCCCGCAGCGGCGGCCGCCCUCCCCCUCCCCCCGCGCAGCGUCCCCCCGCGCCCGCCCCCGCCCCAGUGCUGCUCCAACCGAUCCCCCCCCUGAUGGUGUUGCCGCCGAUGCCCCCCCGCGCGCCCCUCAUCCCCACCCCGGUGGGCGCGCCGUACGGGUUCGUGCCGAGCGUGCCGGUGGGGGGCGUGGGGGGUGUAGGGGGAGUGGUGGGGGCAGUGCCAGUCGGCGCCGUGGCGCUGCCGGAGGAGGACGAGCCGGCGGCCAAGCGGGCGCGCACGGAGGACGCGCUGGAGCCCGAGAGCAGCUGGCUCGCUAAGCAUCCCGGCACGGUGACUGUGCAGGUGUCGCUACCACAGCUCCCCGAGCGCAACGAGUGGCGGCUGGACGGGCGCUGCGUGGCGCUGAGCGUGUCUCUGGCCGCACCAGCUUCAGACCUCAAGCUGAGCCUGCAGCGCGCUACCAACAUGCCCACCGCUAAGCAGAAGCUGCACUACGAGGGCUUAUUCUUCAAAGACACGAAUUCACUGGCGUACUACAACGUGCCGCCCGGCGCCGUCAUACAGCUGCAGGUCAAGGAGAGAGGCGGAAGGAAGAAAUAACAUUAAAUUUACCACUUGGACAAGUGGUAUUAAUUGACGCUAGUGGUGUUAUAUUGUGACGAUUAUAAACAAUAAAUGAUAGAUAAUUAA